AAUUACCUUUUUGGUAUUACCCUUUAUAUUCUUUGUUUGAAGAAGACACUAUGUUUGAAGAAGACAUUUUGCUUAAAGAGAAUGCUUUGUUUGAUGAGGACAUUUUGUUUGAAGAUGUUUUAGUUGAAGAGAAUGCUUUGUUUGAAGAUGUUUUGGUUGAAGAGGACGCUUUAUUUGAAGGGAUUUUAUAA